GUUGGAUUUUUUUUUUUUUUUGCUUGAAAAUCAUGAAAUCAUCUUUAUGGCCAUCUGUAUUGAUGAUCAUCAUCGUUGUUUCAUCAUCAUCAUCAUCAGUGAAAUCAUCGAUUGUAAACACUGGUUCAUCAGCUGUGGCUAGAUCUGAAGAUGGCCAUGGUAAUUAUAUAUUCGGUUAUGAUGAAAAUCAUUCAACUGGUGGUAGUUUUCGUAAAGAAAAAGGUGGUCCUGGUAUACAAAUUGGUUCCUAUGGUUUACGUGAUUCGGAUGGUCGUAUGCGUAUAGUUAAUUAUGUUGCCGAUGUUAAUGGUUUUCGUGCUUCGGUAGAAACUAAUGAACCUGGAACAAUUAAUGGUCAUCCUGAUGUUGGCAAUAAAGCUGGUAAAAUUACUCGACAUGAUAAUGGUGGUGGUACAUUUUUCUAUUCAUCAUCAACUGAACACAUUGCACCUGUUUUACCACAAGUUUAUCAUCAUAAUGGUGGUGGUGAUUCACACAUUUCAUACCCAAAUUAUGGUGGUGGUGGUGGUGGUGCUAAUUAUGCAUUUUCAAAAGCUAAUCUUCAAGUUCCAAAACAAAAUGAUUAUUAUUCAGCUUUACAAUCAUUUUAUAAUAAUUAUCAUCAACAUUUAUCCGGUGGUUAUCUACCAAAACCAAAACCAAUGUCAUAUUCAUCAUCAACAACACAUAUAGCACCAAUGGUUCCAUUUCUACCAAAAUCUUAUCCCCAACAAUCACCAUCAAUUUCUCAAACAUUACCUGCUUUUUCAGCUCUAUUACCACAAUCACCGUUACCGGCACUAAGACCAGCGCAACAAAUUUUAGCUAAAAAUCAACAAUCAUUAGUUGAAAAAUUGACUAAAAAUGAUCCAAUUUUGAAUGGUUAUUUGGCUCAGCAACCAAAUCUACAACAGCUAUCCGGUAACGUGCAACCAAUUGUGGUGAAAAAACAACAACAACAACCGGAAUCACCUAUUUCAACAGCACAGGCAACAAUUUUAACAUCCGAUGGUUUAUCAAUACCAUUAUCCUUAUCCAUACAUGGAUUACAUAAAUCUUAUUAAAAAAUUUUUUUAUUAAUUUAA